UAAGUAGUAUGGAAAAAUGUAAGGGAUAUCAGAAAAAAAGGAGGAGACCAAGGUGGAUCUUUUGGCUUGAUCUUACCUUCCAUCUGGUUCAUCCAUCAACGGGCUGCCUUCAGUUCAAAGGUGGUAAAGAAAUAAUACACAUUAUCAAAGCCGCAAAGAUAUCUAAUAAGCGUCCCAAAUCUCAUUCCUCUGCCCUUUUCUCUUCCAACAUGGCUUCAAGUACAGCAUAUCGGUGCAAGAAGCCGCCCUUGUGAUGUCCUACAGUUCCGUCUGAGUGAUGGCAGUUACAAGUUAUACAAAGCUGCACCGAAUAAGAUCAAAACGCCCAGUGCAAAGCCCACGCCUUUGGUCUAUCAACUUCCAGUCGAAAUACUGCACUUGAUACUUCUCAAUCUCGACAUACGCAGCAUAGGGACGCUGCGUCAAGUGGACACGCGAGGAAGACAGUGGAAUCACUACCGGCGUACUCCUUAUGGAAGGCCCAUGCCUCACACACGCUCUGUAUCAUCGACGCGGUCAAAUGCUCUGCAUAUUUCUCUAUAAAAUGGCUUUUUGCAGAGUUCUGCCAUCCAUGGUGCCG